AGGGGCCGUCGUAAAAGUGUCGCUCCUCGUCACUCCGACCGGCCACAGGUUUCCGCUUGCCUCCGGCCGGGGGUCGAGAACUGCGGGCGUUAGUUUCCCUUAAGAUGGCGGACGAAGAGGCCGAGGGUGCGGAGAGGAUGGAAGUCAGCACCGAGUUGCCCCAGACCCCUCAGCGAGUGGCAUCUUGGUGGGAUCAGCAAGUUGAUUUUUAUGCUGCUUUUUUGUAUCAUUUGGCACAAUGGGUGCCAGAAAUUUAUUUUGCUGAAAUGGAUCCAGACUUGGAAAAGCAAGAGGAGAGUGUGCAAAUGUCAAUAUUCACUCCAUUGGAAUGGUAUUUAUUUGGAGAGGAUCCAGAUAUUUGCCUAGAGAAAUUAAAGCACAGUGGUGCAUUUCAGCUCUGUGGGAAGGUUUUCAAAAGUGGAGAGACAACAUAUUCUUGUAGGGACUGUGCAAUUGAUCCAACUUGCGUACUCUGUAUGGACUGCUUCCAGAAUAGUGUUCAUAAAAAUCAUCGUUACAAGAUGCAUACCUCUACUGGAGGAGGGUUUUGUGACUGUGGAGACACUGAGGCAUGGAAAACUGGCCCUUUUUGUAUAAAUCAUGAACCUGGAAGAGCAGGUACUACCAAAGAGAAUUUACGUUGUCCAUUGAGUGAAGAGGUAAUUGUUCAAGCCAGGAAAAUAUUCCCUUCGGUGAUAAAAUACAUUGUAGAAAUGACUAUAUGGGAAGAGGAAAAGGAACUGCCUCCUGAAUUGCAGAUAAGGGAGAAAAAUGAAAGAUAUUAUUGUGUCCUUUUUAAUGAUGAACACCAUUCAUAUGACCACGUCAUAUACAGUCUACAAAGAGCUCUUGACUGUGAACUCGCAGAGGCCCAGUUGCACACCACUGCCAUAGACAAAGAGGGUCGUCGGGCUGUUAAAGCAGGUGCUUAUGCUGCUUGUCAGGAAGCAAAAGAAGAUAUAAAGAGCCAUUCAGAAAAUGUCUCUCAACACCCACUUCAUGUAGAAGUAUUACACUCUGAGGUUAUGGCUCAUCAGAAAUUUGCUUUGCGUCUUGGCUCCUGGAUGAACAAAAUUAUGAGCUAUUCGAGUGACUUUAGGCAAAUCUUUUGCCAAGCAUGCCUUAAAGAAGAACCUGGCUCUGAGAAUCCAUGUCUCAUUAGCCGGUUGAUGCUUUGGGAUGCAAAGCUUUACAAAGGUGCCCGUAAGAUCCUUCAUGAAUUGAUCUUCAGCAGUUUUUUUAUGGAGAUGGAAUACAAAAAACUCUUUGCCAUGGAAUUUGUGAAGUAUUAUAAACAACUACAGAAAGAAUACAUCAGUGAUGAUCAUGACAGGAGUAUCUCUGUAACUGCACUCUCAGUUCAGAUGUUUACUGUCCCUACUCUGGCUCGACAUCUUAUUGAAGAACAGAAUGUUAUCUCUGUCAUUACUGAAACUCUGCUAGAAGUUUUACCUGAGUACUUGGACAGGAACAAUAAAUUCAACUUCCAGGGUUAUAGCCAGGACAAAUUGGGAAGAGUAUAUGCAGUAAUAUGUGACCUAAAAUAUAUCCUGAUCAGCAAGCCUACAAUAUGGACAGAAAGAUUAAGAAUGCAGUUCCUUGAAGGUUUUCGAUCUUUUUUGAAGAUUCUUACCUGUAUGCAGGGAAUGGAAGAAAUCAGAAGACAGGUUGGGCAACAUAUUGAAGUAGAUCCUGAUUGGGAGGCUGCCAUUGCUAUACAAAUGCAAUUGAAGAAUAUUUUACUCAUGUUCCAAGAGUGGUGUGCUUGUGAUGAAGAACUCUUACUAGUAGCUUAUAAAGAAUGUCACAAAGCUGUGAUGAGGUGCAGUACAAGUUUUGUAUCCAGCAACAAGACAAUAGUACAAUUAUGUGGUCAUAUUUUAGAAACUAAGUCCUACAGGGUAUCUGAGGAUCUUGUAAGCAUACAUCUGCCACUCUCUAGGACUCUUGCUGGUCUUCAUGUGCGUUUAAGUAGGCUGGGCGCUGUUUCAAGACUGCAUGAAUUUGUACCUUUUGAGGAUUUUCAAGUAGAAGUACUAGUGGAAUAUCCUUUGCGUUGUUUGGUGUUGGUUGCCCAGGUUGUUGCUGAGAUGUGGCGAAGAAAUGGUCUCUCUCUCAUUAGCCAGGUAUUUUAUUACCAAGAUGUUAAGUGCAGAGAAGAAAUGUAUGAUAAAGAUAUCAUCAUGCUUCAGAUUGGUGCAUCUUUAAUGGAUCCAAACAAGUUCUUGUUACUGGUACUUCAGAGGUAUGAACUUGCUGAUGCUUUUAAUAAGACCAUAUCCACAAAAGACCAGGAUUUGAUUAAGCAAUAUAAUACAUUAAUAGAAGAAAUGCUUCAGGUUCUCAUCUACAUUGUGGGAGAGCGUUAUGUACCUGGAGUGGGAAAUGUGACCAAAGAAGAGGUCACAAUGAGAGAAAUUAUUCACUUGCUUUGCAUUGAACCCAUGCCACACAGUGCCAUUGAAAAUUUGCCUGAGAAUGAAAAUAAUGAAACUGGCUUAGAGAAUGUCAUAAACAAAGUGGCCACAUUUAAGAAACCAGGUGUGUCAGGCCAUGGAGUUUAUGAACUGAAAGAUGAAUCAUUAAAAGAUUUCAACAUGUACUUUUAUCAUUACUCCAAAACACAGCAUAGCAAGGCUGAACAUAUGCAGAAGAAAAGGAGAAAACAAGAAAAUAAAGAUGAAGCACUGCCACCACCACCACCUCCUGAGUUCUGUCCUGCUUUCAGCAAAGUUGUGAACCUCCUCAACUGUGAUAUCAUGAUGUACAUCCUGAGGACCAUAUUUGAGCGGGCAGUAGAUACAGAUUCUAACUUGUGGACUGAAGGGAUGCUCCAAAUGGCAUUUCAUAUUCUGGCACUGGGUUUACUAGAAGAGAAGCAGCAGCUUCAAAGCCCUGAAGAAGAAGUGACAUUUGACUUUUACCAUAAGGCUUCAAGAUUGGGAAGUUCAGCCAUGAAUGCUCAGAAUAUACAAAUGCUUUUAGAAAAACUCAAAGGAAUUCCCCAGUUAGAAGGCCAGAAGGAUAUGAUAACAUGGAUACUCCAGAUGUUUGACACAGUGAAGCGAUUAAGAGAAAAAUCUUGUUUAAUUAUAGCGACUACUUCAGGAUUGGAAUCUAUUAAGAAUGAUGAGAUUACUCAUGAUAAAGAGAAAGCAGAACGAAAAAGAAAAGCUGAAGCUGCUAGACUACAUCGACAGAAGAUCAUGGCUCAGAUGUCUGCCUUACAGAAAAACUUCAUUGAAACUCACAAACUUAUGUAUGAUAAUACAUCAGAAAUGCCUGGAAAAGAAGACUCCAUUAUGGAGGAAGAAAGUACCCCAGCAGUCAGUGACUACUCUAGAAUUGCUUUGGGUCCUAAACGGGGUCCAACUGUUACUGAAAAGGAGGUGCUGACAUGCAUCCUCUGCCAAGAAGAACAAGAGGUGAAAAUAGAAAAUAAUGCCAUGGUAUUAUCGGCCUGUGUCCAGAAAUCUACUGCCUUAACCCAGCACAGGGGAAAACCCAUAGAACUCCCAGGGGAAACCCUGGACCCACUUUUCAUGGAUCCAGACUUGGCCUAUGGAACUUAUACAGGAAGCUGUGGCCAUGUAAUGCAUGCAGUGUGCUGGCAGAAGUAUUUUGAAGCUGUACAGCUGAGCUCUCAGCAACGCAUUCAUGUUGACCUUUUUGACUUGGAGAGUGGAGAAUAUCUUUGCCCUCUUUGCAAAUCUCUGUGCAAUACUGUGAUUCCCAUUAUUCCUUUACAACCUCAGAAAAUAAACAGUGAGAAUGCAGAAGCUCUUGCUCAACUUUUGACCUUGACAAGGUGGAUACAGACCAUUCUGGCCAGAAUAUCAGGUUACAAUAUGAAACAUUCUAAAGGAGAAAAUCCAGCAAUUCCUGUCUUGUUUAAUCAAGGGAUGGGAGAUUCCACUUUUGAGUUUCAUUCAAUCCUGAGUUUUGGAGUUCAGUCUUCGAUCAAGUAUUCUAAUAGUAUCAAGGAAAUGGUCAUUCUCUUUGCCACAACUAUUUAUAGAAUUGGUCUAAAAGUGCCUCCUGAUGAAACAGAUCCUCGAGUCCCCAUGAUGACCUGGAGCACAUGUGCUUUCACUGUACAGGCAAUUGAAAACCUAUUGGGUGAUGAAGGAAAACCUCUGUUUGGAGCACUUCAAAAUAGGCAGCAUAAUGGUCUGAAAGCAUUAAUGCAGUUUGCAAUUGCACAGAGGAUUACCUGCCCUCAGGUCCUGAUACAGAAGCAUCUGAUCCGUCUCCUGUCAGUUGUUCUCCCUAAUCUAAAAUCAGAAGAUACACCAUGCCUUCUGUCUAUAGAUCUGUUUCAUGUUUUGGUAGGUGCUGUGUUAGCAUUCCCAUCCUUAUACUGGGAUGACACUGUUGAUCUACAGCCUUCAUCAAUUAGUUCUUCCUAUAACCACCUUUAUCUCUUCCAUUUGAUCACCAUGGCACAUAUGCUUCAGAUACUUCUUACGAUAGACACAGGCCUCCCUCUUGCUCAGGUUGAAGAAGACAGUGAAGAAGCUCGUUCUGCAUCUUCUUUCUUUGCAGAAGUUUCACAGUAUACAAGUGGAUGCAUUGGGUGUGAUAUUCCUGGCUGGUAUCUGUGGGUCUCAUUGAAGAAUGGAAUCACCCCUUACCUUCGUUGUGCUGCAUUGUUUUUCCACUAUUUACUAGGGGUAACUCCACCUGAAGAACUACUUACCAAUUCUGCAGAAGGAGAAUAUACUGCAUUAUGUAGCUAUCUAUCUUUACCCACAAAUUUGUUCCUGCUUUUCCAGGAAUAUUGGGAUACUGUAAGGCCCUUACUCCAGAGGUGGUGUGCAGAUUCUGUCUUACUGAGCUAUUUGAAGCAGAAAAGCACUGUGGUCAGGUACCCUAGAAAAAGAAAUAGUUUGAUAGAGCUUCCUGAUGACUACAGCUGCCUACUAAAUCAAGCUUCUCAUUUCAGGUGUCCACGAUCUGCAGAUGAUGAACGAAAGCACCCUGUCCUCUGUCUUUUCUGUGGGGCCAUACUAUGUUCUCAGAACAUUUGUUGCCAAGAAAUUGUGAAUGGGGAAGAGGUUGGAGCUUGCAUUUUUCAUGCACUUCACUGUGGAGCAGGAGUCUGCAUUUUCUUAAAAAUCAGAGAAUGCAGAGUGGUCCUGGUUGAAGGAAAAGCCAGAGGGUGUGCCUAUCCAGCCCCUUACUUGGAUGAAUAUGGAGAAACAGACCCUGGACUGAAGAGAGGCAACCCUCUUCAUUUAUCUCGUGAACGGUAUAGGAAGCUCCAUUUGGUCUGGCAACAACACUGCAUUAUAGAAGAGAUUGCUAGAAGCCAGGAAACUAAUCAGAUGUUAUUUGGAUUCAACUGGCAAUUACUGUGAGCUCCAACUCUGCCUCAAGACAAUCACGAAUAACAACAGUAAUAAAGACUGAUUUUAAAUUAUGGAGAUCUUUCUGAGGGCUGGGGAAGUAUUGGAGGGUCUUUUGCUCCAUGUCCAGAUUCAUGUAUAUCAGUAAGAAUUUUCUUAAUGGUGUAUUGCUUUCAAUUAGCAAAUACACUUUAAGGGGGAAAAGGACAUAGACUAAUCUGUUUUAUGUUCUACAACACUAAAGAAAUGCUUGUUCACCCCAAGUGUCUGAUUCUGCUAAUAUUUCCAGGAAACUCAUUUUCCUUCAUAAUCUGUCCUACUUCAUAUCAUUUUAUCCACCUGGUAAAUGAAGUCACAUCAAGCAGUUGUGGACAUUUUUAUAUGUUGGUUAACUCUUCUGCAGUUUUGUAUUUGGUGUUUUCUCAAAUAGUUCAGCUAGUGUUGAAUCACUGACAUGAUUCUAAUAAUCCAUGAUGUUCUUCUUGAAACUAAAGAGAAGUUGCAGAAAACAUUCAGUGUUUUUCCAUUAAGAAAGAUUUCAAAAAAGUAAACUUCAUUAUUUCCCUUUCAAGGAAAUAUCUUUAAUGUGCCACCAGCUGCUUUAGCCAGAAAUCAAUCUAAAUUUUUUUUGUACAGAGUGCAAGUUCUGCCAGUAUGGAAAAGUAUCUUUCCCUCUGUAGACCUUAAAAAGUUAGGAUAACAUAUUUGUUAUUUGUUCCUAAUGCUGCAGAGCCUGAAAUCCUCACCUCUGACUACAAAUAGCUUUGUUGAGUUUAUGUUAUGCUUUGCAUUUUCCAAAGUCAAGUUUCUACAGUGAGAUCUCUUUUCUUUUGAUUGGCACCAUCAUAUUUGACUUUCAGAAACCUGUUAUAGUUCUGAUAUAAACUAUUUGUAGAAUGAGGGUAAGAAAAUCCCCCCCAAUGAAUGAAGCAUAACAACUGUAAAUUACAACAAUCAGAUUUAAACCAAUUCUGCCAUCCUCUAUGUCUUCGUAAAAGACAGAUCCUUAAUUUGUUAUCUGUGUGCAACCUUUUCAUAAACUCUGAUUUUAUAACUACAAACAAGCCAUGUGAUCAGUGGUCUGUGUCCUGUUUUGCUGUGGUUGAGCCAUCUUGUUUAUAAAUAAUAGAGCUCUCCCAAAUUUGUGCAUAGACUUUUUGGUUCUUGGCUUUAACUUUUUAUAUCAAGAAGUUGUGAUAUAAAACAGCAGACAAAUAUAAAAUGAAACUUUCCAUUUUAAAUUCUGUUGUCUCUGGUAAUGUUAUCAGUUUGAAUGAUGCAUUCAAAGAUUGCAUCUUUUAUUGCCCAUGGUUACUGCUGUCAUGUAUGUGUAUAAAUGUUUUCCUACCUUCUUUGCCAGCAAAGGCAAGCAAGUAAAGAUAUAUUUGCUAAGUGAUCAGUGGUGCACAUUUGGGGCUAGAUUUUUUGUUAUUUUUACUUAAAGAAAAGUGAAUUUUGCAGUAAGGGAUUGGCUUGAGUAGGCUUCAGAAUUACAAUCAUGAUUUUCUACUUGGGAUAAUUUCAAUUUGGAAGGUAUCAGGAAAUUGAUGCCGCUCUAAUGAAUAAUUUGUAACAAGUAACAGGUGAGAAUGCAAAAAUUCAGUACUCAGUUUGUCACAUUUGCCAGUAUGAUUACAAAUUGAACAUUUCCCUCAGAUUCUUAUAUAAUUUUGUUGGAUUGAUUAUUUGACUGUGAAAUGUGGGUUAGUAUAAACAACAGAAGAUACUGACUUCUGCCCUAAUUGGCUUCCAUUUAGCAAGGAUAAACUGACAUUAUUUCUAGUCUUUUUAUACUCACUUCAUAAAUCCUACAGUUAAACUAUCAAGCUGCCCAGAGGGACUGUCUCUGGGACAACCAGGGACAGUUGGCCAGCCAACCUUUACUGCCAAAGAACCCAUUUCUUAUUGAGUUCUGCCUAACGAGAUUGAGAUCUCUGCACUGUAGAUGUCUCAGUGCUGCCCCCAGUCCAAGGGAUUUUUAGUGAUAUUCAAAUGUCCUAGUAGUUUGCCUUCAUCAUUGCAAACAAUUUAAUUAUGCUUAUGAAGUUUACUUACAAGCAAGCAACCAAGUCACUUUAUUUUCUUUAGUGUAGUACGUGAAGGAAUUGGUUCAGAAUGGCUUCAGAACUGUGUUUUUCUAAUGUUUGGUAAGGGGUUGGUAAGAAUUUUAAUGAUACCGUGAAGAAAAGCAUAUAUCUGUAUAAUUAAUUUAUUAUGUUGGUGUAUGGGCUGUGAGUUCACCUUCUAGUGGUCAUUUGUCAUUUCAUAACAACUAUGCAUUUUGGUUCACUGUGAUGUUCUAUAUUUAGUGACUGCAACAUGUUUAUACCACUGAUUCAAAUUCCAUCCAUGAUGAAGUUAUACAAAUAAUACAUAUAUUGAUAUCUUUUAUUGCAAAAAUGUAAAUUUAAAACUUGUAUAAUGUUCUUGUGCUUUUUGAAAUAAAAUAUAUGUGUAUAUUUAAAAAGAAAAAAGGGACUUCUCAUGUUUGGGGAUUUGGGUUUGAAGUAUAAAAAUCUAUACCUAAAAAGAAGCUCUAAAUAAAAUUUUCUUUGUCAGUCCAGGAAAUUUUC